GACUUUUUUCUAUAGCUUAGUGUGAGAAGGCGAUAAACCGUGAUGCAGGUGAGUGCAAAUGCCAAUAACAGCAGAUUGUCCUGAUCAAAACAUCGCGGUCCUGUCCAAAUGCUAAACCGAACAAGAAAGAUGCGACAAACAAAAAGUUUUGUCAAAAGCAAGUUGUUGUUCUCUUUGACUUUUUAAGAUCAAUGACAGAAAUGUAAAUUAGUGCGCUGGGAAUCCAGCUUUUCACCUUUCCCUCAUCUCCCUGUAUCCCAAAAACAAUGAAGGUUUCUUUCUCUCUCACAAUCUGUUACGUUUUCACUUUUUUAGCCUUCCGGAUCCUCACAGCAACAGCAGCAGAUACCUUAGCAGCGAACAAUACCCUGAAAGAUGGCCAGACCUUGGUCUCCUCUGGGCAACGGUUUGAAUUUGGGUUCUUUAGUCUUCGCAACUCUAGUCACAGAUACUUGGGAAUUUGGUACAAGAACAUUGAUCCUUUCACUGUGGUGUGGGUUGCCAACAGGGACAACCCCAUAACUAGUUCCUCAGGGUCACUGGUGUUUAACCAUCAGGGUUCACUCUCUCUUUACAAUGGUACCGUUUUUAUCUGGUUUGUUAAUGUCUCUAGGGUCUUGAACAAUCCUAUCUUUCAGCUUUUAGACAACGGUAACCUUGUGCUAACUGACGAUAGUGGGGAUUAUAUAUGGGAAAGUUUUGAUUAUAUAACGGAUACUUUAUUGCCUGACAUGAAACUUGGUUGGAACCUUAAGACUGGUUUGAAACGAAAUAUGACAUCGUGGCUAGCUACCGAUGACCCUGCGACGGGAGAAUUCACCUUCAGCUUAGAUCCACCCGAGGCCCCAGAAUUGGUUCUUAGGAAGGGGAACCAGAAAGAGUAUCGAUGGGGACCAUGGGAUGGGGUCAGGUUCAGUGGCAGCGAUGAGCUCAGGUCUAAUCCUGUUUACACUCCAGAGUUCAAUUCAAGCCGUGAAGAGAUUUACUACACGUUUAAAGUUGUAGACAGUUCAAUUCUGUCAAGGUUUGUGGUGACACCGCAAGGUUUGCUUCAGUAUCUCACAUGGACGAACCAUAGCAAUGGGUGGGCGACUAUGGUGACCUUGCAAAGAGACAGUUGUGACAGGUACGAAUCCUGUGGGCCUUAUGGGAAAUGUUAUACGGAUGUUCCUAAUUGCAGGUGUUUGAGUGGUUUUACACCUAAAUCUCCAGAAAAUUGGCGGCUUAUAGAUUGGUCAGAUGGGUGUGUGAGGAAAAGGAAUUUAGAUUGUGAGAAUGAUGGCUUUGUCAAGUACGAGAGAAUGAAGUUACCUGAUAAUUCACGUUUAGUAACAAAUAGAAAUUUCAGUUUGAGCCUAGAGGAAUGCGAGGCAGAGUGUUUAAAGAAUUGUUCUUGUAUGGCUUACACCAGGAUAGAUAUUCAUGGAAAUGGGGGGGAUUGUGUUACGUGGUUCGGUGAUUUGGUUGACAUGAAGUACUUUUCAAAUGGUGGGAACAACCUUUACAUUCGAAUGGCACGAGCAGAAUUAGACGCAAUUGCUGAUGCUAAGAGGAAGAAACAAGUGAGAGUAGCUGUUCUAACGACCACGUCAAUAGUUUUAGGCAUGCUUCUUGGAGUCAUUGGAUGGCGCAUUUUCCUUAAAAGAAAGGCAAAGAGAAGAGCGGGAACUGAAGACAAUUCAUACAGAGAUAUCAAUGAUGAAACUCAGGAGGAAGACCUAGAACUACCUCUUUUUGAGCUGGAUGUUGUUUCUGCAGCCACUAAUAAAUUCUCAUUUGAGAGAAAGAUCGGAGAGGGAGGAUUUGGUCCAGUCUACCAGGGUGUCUUACCCACUGGACAAGAAAUUGCAGUGAAGAGACUUUCACAGAAUUCUGGACAAGGCCUCCGAGAAUUUAAGAAUGAAGUAAUUCUGAUUUCUAAACUUCAACACCGUAAUCUUGUUAAGCUUCUGGGAUGCUGCAUUCAGAGAGAAGAAAGGAUGCUAAUCUAUGAGUAUCAGAGCAACAAAAGCCUGGACCAUUUCCUAUUUGAUAAAACAAGAAGAAAAUUUUUUAUAUGGAAGAAGCGCUUUGACAUUGUUAUUGGGAUUGCACGAGGACUUUUGUACCUGCAUCAAGACUCCAGGGUCAGAAUUAUUCAUAGAGAUCUAAAAGCAAGCAAUAUUUUACUUGAUGAUGAAAUGAAUCCUAAAAUUUCAGAUUUUGGCAUAGCAAGGAUUUUUGGGGAGCAAACACAAGAAAGGACAAAAAGAGUAAUUGGAACAUACGGUUAUAUGUCACCAGAAUAUGCAAUGAGUGGACACUUUUCAAUGAAAUCGGAUGUGUUUAGCUAUGGUGUUUUGGUUUUAGAGAUAGUAAGCGGCAAAAAGAAUUGGGGAUUUUAUCACCCUGACCAUGAUCUAAACCUUCUUGGACAUUCAUGGAAACUAUGGAAUGAAGGGAAACCACUAGAACUAAUGGAUGAAUUGAUGGAGGGUACAUUUUCUGAGAAAGAAGUGGUAAGAUGCAUCCAGGUGGGUCUGUUGUGUGUGCAGCAACGAGUGGAAGACAGGCCAACAAUGUCAUCAGUGUUGUUGAUGUUCAGCAAUGAGAGUAUGAUUGUACCUCAGCCAAAAGAACCUGGCUUCCUUACAGAAAUUUCUUCUUGCGGAGAUACAUCAUCCAGUGUAAAUAAUCUGUAUACAGCCAAUGAGGUGACUAUAACAGACUUAAGUGGACGAUAGGCCUAGUUCAGUAAUCAUACAAAUACUGUAUAUAUUUCAGUUAGCAAAGAGCAGUAUUUAAUUCAAUAGGCCAUGUUUUGCAAGAUUCAAUCAUGAUAUAUAGCAAAGAUCAGCAGGAUGUUGCUGUGUUUAUCACCUUUGGAAUUAAUAUCAACCUUGCAAGGUAUUGUCCUGCAAAGGUGAUUGCCUAGCAUACAUUUGCUAAGUUGUGACCUUAUGAGGCACCUUAAGGAGGGAAUUACCAGGUUUAUCUAAUAUUGUGCUAGGACAUUUAAGUUUGAUAUCUUUUCUUUUUUGCGCACACCAAUUCAAUUUUUCUCUAAUGGUUUUUACUUAUUUUUACUCAGAAUCUAAAGAUAAGGUUAGAACUGUUUUAAGCAUGGAAAUUAUGGAAUCAGGAUAAACCGUUGCAGUAGGUAGAUUCUCUAAUGGAGAAUUCAGUUACGACAUCAGAAGUGAUGAGAUCCAUCCAGAUGGGUCUCGUGUGUGUGCAAGAACAUCCAGAUGAUAGGCCAACAAUGCCCUCAGUUCUUUUGAUGUUAGAUAGUGAGCAACCUUCAGUGCCUCAACCUAAGCAAUCUGGUUCUUACACUGAAAGAUUUCUUACUGAAUCCAUUUCAUCAUCAACUAACGAAAUGCCACAACAGCAAGUUAAAUAACUAUUGCAAUGUUGCAGGGUAGAUGGCAGAGCUAUUCCCCUUUUGUAAUUUUCUGUUCUUUUGUUCAAUGGGAUAUGUAGAAUUGUACAAAUUUUUUGUUUACUAAGUUUAUGUGUAGGUAGUAGAAUUUUAUAGUAUAGUUAUUUCAUCAAUUUGAUAUGUGACCAUAUCGUAUCACCCAGAUAUUUUUUUGAGUGACGUUUUUCCCAGAGAGAAAAACAGGGAAACAUAGGGGAGCAUUCUCAUCUUUAUUUCUCCCUGGUUUUCCCCUUGGUAUCCUCUGUUUCAGUUUGCAGA